AUGGGGGAGAGCCCAAUGACUGGCCUUGGUAUGAACUGCUUCCUGAUUCAGUCCCCCACAACUGGAGCUGUGCUUCACCUCCACACGGUCACCUCCACACGGCCACCUCCUCAGGGCCACCUCCACACGGUCACCUACUCGCGGCCCCCUCCUCACGGCCACCUCCACACGGUCACCUACUCGCGGCCCCCUCCUCACGGCCCCCUCCACACGGUCACCUCCUCACGGUCACCUCCACACGGUCACCUCCACACGGUCACCUCCACACGGCCACCUCCUCACGGCCACCUCCACCCGGUCACCUCCACACGGUCACCUCCUCAAGGUCACCUCCACACACCACCUCCACACGGUCACCUCCUCACGGUCACCUCCACACGGUCACCUCCUCACGGCCACCUCCUCACGGUCACCUCCACACAGCCCCCUUCUCUUGGACCCUCCACAUGGCCCCCUCCUCACGGCCACCUCCUCACGGCCCCCUCUUCACGGCCCCCUCCUCACGGCCCCCUCUUCACGGCCCCCUCCUCAUGGCCACCUCCUCACGGACACCUCCACACGGUCACCUCCUCACGGCCCCCUCCACACGGUCACCUCCUCACGGCCCCCUCCUCACGGUCACCUCCUCACGGCCCCCUCCACAUGGCCCCCUCCUCACGGUCACCUCCACACGGCCACCUCCUCACGGCCCCCUCCACAUGGCCCCCUCCUCACGGUCACCUCCACAUGGCCCCCUCCUCACGGUCACCUCCUCACGGCCACCUCCUCACGGCCCCCUCCUCACGGUCACCUCCACACGGCCACCUCCUCACGGUCACCUCCACACGGUCACCUCCUCACGGCCCCCUCCACAUGGCCCCCUCCUCACGGUCACCUCCACACGGUCACCUCCCCAUGGACACCUCCUCACGGCCCCCUCCUCACGGCCCCCUCCUCACAGCCGCUCCUCACGGCCACCUCCACAUGGCCCCCUCCUCACGCCCCUCCUCACGGCCCCCUCUUCACGGCCCCCUCCUCAUGGUCACCUCCUCACGGUCACCUCCACACGGCCACCUCCUCACGGCCCCCUCCUCACGGCCCCCUUCUCAUGGUCACCUCCUCACGGUCACCUCCUCACGGCCCCCUCCUCACGGCCCCCUUCUCAUGGUCACCUCCUCACGGUCACCUCCUCACUGCCACCUCCUCACGGCCACCUCCAAACGGCCACCUCCUCACGGCCCCCUCCUCUCGGCCACCUCCUCAUGGCCCCCUCCUCACGGCCCCCUCCUCACGGCGCCCUCUUCACGGCCCCCUCCUCAUGGCCACCUCCUCACGUUCACCUCCACACGGUCACCUCCUCACGGCCCCCUCCACAUGGCCCCCUCCUCACGGCCCCUCCUCACGGCCCCCUCCACACGGACACCUCCACAUGGACACCUCCUCACUGCCACCUCCUCACGGCCACCUCCACACGGCCCCCUCCUCACGGCCCCCUCCUCAAGGCCACCUCCUCAUGGCCCCCUGCUCACGGCCCCCUCCUCACGGACACCUCCUCAUGGACAAUUUGGAGUGGCCAAGAAAUACUGGCCUACCUAG